ACUGGCGAUUGAAAACAAAAUGUGACGUGGCUAAUCCUGUUGGACAAAAAGAGGGAGAAAACACGAACUAUUUAACUGUUUUCUGGGAAACUAAAAGGACAUUAACGUGUAAGAACUGAACUGCAAAGCGAAAUAAAGAAGAUAAACGUUUCUCGUUGGUGUUUUUUGGGAGGGAAACUGUUAGCAGGCUGGGUUUACGGUUAACUGCUAGCAUCAAGACUUGACACCUGAGCCAGAGACAGGGCAUGUGCUAAAGACAUAACGAUGUCAGACAGCGAAGCUACAGCAGCGGAGGGUCCAGAGGUUCAGGAUGCCUCUCCUGCCGAGAUGCCCGACAGCUCCUCACCUGACAAUGCGACAGACGUGGCCCCGACGAGGAAGGCCAGGAGGAGACCCGAGGUCGCACCUGCGGCCGAAGCUGAGGAGAGGCCGAAAGCAGAGGAGCAGCCGCCCAAGGCCUCCAGUGAGUCCACUGUGGCUCAGGGUGGUUGGGGAUACUGGGGCAGCUGGGGAAAAUCCAUCUUGUCCACAGCCACAGCUACUGUGGCCACUGUGGGACAAGGACUCACUCAGGCGAUCGAGAAGGCUGAGACGUCUCUGGGAAUCCCCAGCCCGACCGAACUGUCAGCGCAGGUGGAGGAAGAAGAGAAACAGCAGGGUGAAGCCGGCAGUGAGACGGACAAAGCAGCGGCAGAUGGAUCCACGGCGGUUGGAGGUGCAAUGGGAAUGUUGUCAUCGCUCACCAGCGUCGUCCAGAGCACAGGGAAGACGGUGAUAACAGGCGGUCUGGACGCUCUGGAGUUCAUCGGGAAGAAGACGAUGGAUGUGAUAGCAGAAGGUGAUCCCGGCUUUAAGAAGACCAAAGGACUGAUGAUCAGGAACUCCACUCUGUCUCAGGUGCUGAGGGAGGCGAAGGAGCGGGAGGAGCUGCAGACGGCAGAGACAGAGUCGUCAGACUCCGAGAAGAAGGUGGUCGCUCACUAUGGGAUGCUGUUUGAUGAAUUUCAGGGUCUGUCACACCUCGAGGCUCUGGAGAUUUUGUCCAGGGAGAGCGAGUCUAAGGUGAAGUCGGUGCUGACCACCCUGUCAGGAGACGAGCUGGUUCAGCUCAGAGAAGAGCUGGAAGACAUCAAGGACUCUUUCUCCCUGGUGGAGUUUGAUGAUGAGGAAGUCGAUGAGAGGAAAGACGGAGACGGCAACGAGUUCGAGCGGGAGCUAACGAAGGCCUUGGAGGGUCUCAACGUCUCCACCACCGCCGACAAGCUCAGCAAAGCCUGUAAGAGCGUCAACGGCCAGAUCAGUGACAUGACGCAGCCAGGGAAGGAAGAGGAGGAGAGCGAGGAGGUGGAGAAGAAAACGCUCUCUGUGGAGGAGGUCCACGCCGCAGCCAUCAGGAGUCUGGCGGAGCUGACGGCUCGAUCCAUCGAGCUUUUCCACAAACUGGCUGAGAUGAUCCUCUUCUCCAACGGCAGGACGGAGGCCGGCGUCCUUUCACAGUUAACAGUUGUCUUGUGUAAAGAAAUCUCACUGCUCUCCAAGAAGUUCACCUCCUGCUUAACGACCGCGGGGUCAAACGAGAAGGGAGACGUCCUCAACCCGCUGAUAACAGGCGUCUUUUUAGAGGCGUCCAACAGUGCUUCUUACAUCCAGGAUGCUUUCCAGCUGCUCAUGCCGAUACUGGAGAUCUCCCACAUCCAGAGGAGAGCCGAGUCCACGGAGCAGUGAUCAGCUGACGUCGCCUCUGCCCUCCGUCGCCGCCACCAUCACGCUGCGACUCGGUCACAGCUGAUAACUGACACGUCUUUGAAACUUUUCCAGAAAUCGCCUGUGUCAGCUUUUACUCUGUCUGGUUUUUCAGCUCAGGACAAAAUCAAUUUCACGCCUGGGAGGAAAAAGUGUGUUCUUGUCAAACAGUAUUAACUUUUUUUGUGCAUUGCUGGUUUAUUUGUAAAGCACAUCAGAUGGACUCAUUGGAGUACAGUGUUGAGGAAGGUCUGGAUCUGCCAGCUCCGGUCUAAUAGGAACAAAGUGGAUUUGUGAUAAACAAGGAGCAGCUUAUUGUUCUUUGUUUUAUUCUAACAUGUCAACUUUUUCUGGCUGCACUCGUGUUAUUAUCUUAAACCUCUAAAUUCUGCCUCAAAGAACACUUAUCUUAAAAAAUGAUGGAAACACAGGUGGUAACGUGUCUCAGUCUCAAAAUAAAUAGUGAGAUAUAAUGAUAAAGUAUUUUCCCUUUGCUGCACAGAGACUAGUUUUGGUUUUUCUAUGCAUAUCUUUCUUAAACCUUGACAUCCAACAUGUUGCAGGUCCUGGAUCAGUUGGGGCUCAAGUGUCUUUGCUUGCUGGUACCUCAGUAGAAAUCCUCCAUUGCAUCUCAUUUAAAUCAAGUAAUCAAAAAGCACUAGAUUGCCAGUGAUGCAGUAUUUAAGAAGUGACGAUCCUGCUUCAUUCACUCCUCAUCCUUCUCAAUCCCUGAAGUAACUGACAACACUCACAGCUCUGUUUCUCUUUGUUUCUCUUGUAAAUGUCCACUAUUAGAAAUACAGAUUGUAAAUCUCAGCCAUUUAAAAUCUGUUCAAAAGUUUAACAUAAUCUUAGAAUUUCAGGUGAUUAUUUAUCCAAGGAAGAGGCUUCUAUCUGCCAUGAAGAGUUGGAUUCUGAUCUCUGCUAUUGACCUGCUAACAGCUGUGUGUUGUGGGCAUGUGAGGUGAUCUUUAUCAGAGCAAUAUACUGUACUGUGUAUCAGGUAUAUGAGAUGAUUUUCAAAUAAAUGUGCUUUCUUAUAGGCACAGUC